UAGAGAGAGGUGGGUGUGUGGGACCAGUGUAACCAGUGUACUCAGUGUAGUCCUCAGUGUGCACAGUGGUGUGUUGUGUAGUGUGUAACGGCACGAUGGAUGGAGUGAGUGAGGAUGACCUCUGCUGGCUCCAGCUGGAUGACUUCAGGAUGCUGCUCAUCAAAACUAUUGAUCCUUCAAGAAUCACCCCCUACCUCCGCCAGUGUCAGGUGAUCAGUGCUGAGGAUGAAGAGCAGCUUUUCAAUGACCCGGCGCUUGUCAUCAGGAGGCGUAAAGUUGGAGCCCUCCUGGACAUUUUGCAGCGAACGGGAGUCAAAGGUUACACAGCUUUCCUGGAGAGUCUGGAACUGGAUUAUCCUCAACUGUAUAGCCGGAUCACUGGGAAGGAACCCAACAAGACCUUCAGCAUCCUGAUUGACACUGCAGGAGAAUCGGGUCUCACUCAGUUCUUGAUGUCGGAGCUCAGCCGCCUGCAGAGGGCACUGCAGGAUGAGCGGAGGCGCCGCCAGCAGGCCUGCUCUGCUGCCAAGGAUCAGGAGGUGUGGUCUCGCCAGCAGCAGCUGAAAGACCGUGAGCUGAAGAAGCUGACUGAGCGCGUGCAGAAGGUGCGAGAUGAACGGGAGCGGCUGAGUGAGGAGGUCAAGCAGCUCAGAGAUCACAACUACAGUCUGAUGGCUGACAUCAACAGUCUGAACCAGGAGAAGAGCAACGCCCUGCUGGCCAACAGAGAUCUGCAGAUAGAGGUAGAGCGCCUGAAACACACAGUGAUGCGAGCAGAAAACCAGACUCGACUGCUGAGGCGACGAACACUGAGACCACUCCAGGAGAGCAAGAGUCUGGCUUUGCCCACUGAGACCUUUUUCCACCCGGAUAAACUGGAGGAGCUGAAAGAGGAGAAACAGGAGGAGAAAAAGCAGGAGAAAAAGGAGGAGGCACCAAAGCAGCAGCAGCAGCAGCAGCAGCAGCAGCAGCAGCAGCAGGAGAGCAAAGCUCCUAUGAUGAACCUCCUCUCCACGGUGUUCAGACUGAGGAGAGAACUCCACAAAACAGAGGAGCAGAGAGCCAGGAAUUUGGAGGAGAAAGAGGAACUGGAACUGCGCUGUGCUCAGCUGAAAGGAGAUGCCAAGAUAUACCGUCAACAAAACAAGCAAACCCUGAGACAGCUGGAAGAGGUGAUCAGGGAGAGAGACAAGGCGCUGUCAUCGCAGUCAGAGAAGCAUGAGGAGGCACGGGUACUCCUGCAGGAGAAAGACCAGUACAGGGAGCAGGUCAGAAAGCUGACUGAGCAAAUGGACAGGCUGGAGCUUCUGCUGCUGAGGUCACAGGGGGAGGAGCUACAGCUGAGGACACGCCUCCGCAGAAUCACUUCCAACUCUCAUCAGUGUGAAAGGAGUGUGAGCAGCGAGGAAGAUGAGGAGCGUGCAAAGAGCACUGCUAAAGGCAGCAGUGAGGAGGUUCGCAGCGGGACGUCGGGGGAGAACGACGAGGCUCAGCGGCAGCAGAAUGACUCUUCAGGAGAAAUCGUCGAGUCUGGCUUCAAAUCCAGUAAUACUGUGUCAUGGGAGGAGGAGCAAGCAGAAGUCUGUUUUAGAGGUCGUUCAAACUUUGUUUACCGCAGGAAGCGAGCCCUCAGGUCAAAGCUCAACAGUACAGAUUACGUAGCCUGUAACCUCGACGACAGCAGCGACAUCACCGACUCUGACUGAUGUGACGCCAUGAAUGUAUUUAACGUUAAAUGCAUGGCAUAUUUUUACCAACCUGCAACUCUAAGAAGCAGCAAUAAAGUUUUACUUCAGACAAAUGAAGACAACAUAUAGCUGUUUAUGUUUAAUACAAGAAUUUCUAAUAGGACUUAAAGAAAAAAAAUGUAAACUUAAUAGCAACAAUACAUUACAACUGUCAACCUAAAAACUGAAGGCCAGAUUUACUGAAGGAUGCAAGAUUGUGUGAUGCUGCAUUUGCAAAAGUGCAGAGAUGGGAGAGGAAAUUCUGCAUCUCACUUGUUAAAAUCGCUCAUUUAAAAACUAGAUCCAGCCAGUUUAUUUCAGUAAUGAGAAAUGAACCAAGAGCAGCACAACCUAGUGAGUCAAAAGGAGCCGAACUGAUGAACCUGAUGAGGGUUUUGCUGCAGACCGUUAGAAAAUCUGGCCCUAAGGGAAGUUGACAGAGGAAGCAGUUUGUAGAAAUUUUGUAGCAGACGGUUGGUCACGAGUAGACGUACCAGCUUCAAGCUGCUUAGGUACGUCACUGAGGUAUUUACCACCCUUUCAUUUGUGAAUUAGCAGCAUCUUUGGAUUCACCGGUAGUCAUUUAAAACGCUCAGCUUGAAGUUGAGAAAAGUUUAACUCAGACCCGCCCACUGCGCAUCGCCAAAGGUUAUUUCAUCUUGACGUAACUGAAUUCCAUUGACUUUCUAUUAUCCCUGGUGGUCAUGUCACUUCUAGACACUUUUCUGGAUUCCCCUUAUAACUAUAAUAUAUGUAUUAAUAUUUCACAUUAAACGCGGGAAGUUUUCCUUUAAAAUCACUGACAGAGCUCAUAAUUCUGAUAUAACGAGGUGGGAUAUUCCACAGUUAAGGCGUAUCAAAACAGAAGGUGCUUUCACCUGAUGUAGAAGAUGGAUGCAGCCAACGGGACAUCACGUCUAGGUUGGUGAAGCCUUCAACUGAGCAUUUUGAUGAAAAAAAACACAAAAACAAAUGCCACGUGCUCAUUGGCUGACAACUUGUGAUUUUCUUAUUGAUUUUUACACAACUGGAAGUCUUUUUGCAACCAGAGAAGUCGCCCCCUAUGUUGGGGUGAUGCAGAGAUGUACAGUUGUACAUCAUAUGGUUUUUAGCGAUUUUAAAUAAUCUUUCCAAGUUAAAGCACGAAAGCUAAAUAUUCAUGUUUACAUGCCAUUGCUCUCUGAGAUACGAUCCCAAAGACAAAAAGAACUCUCCGCCUGUUAAAUAAGAUUUCAACUCAGGAAAAGCACAGAAAGACCAGACCAUGACCAAACAGUGGAUCCAAAUCUGCUCAGAUUUUUAAAAAUUGACAGCUUUCAGUUUCCAGUUGAAUCUGAAGUUGGCUUUUUUUUUCACCUAGAAGUUAAUUUUUUCACUUUAACAUUUCAUGCUCUGAAAUCAGGAAACUUGCAGUGUUUGUCGAAAUGAUUUGUUUUGUUCAAUACAAAAAGUGUUACCUGGAAGCUGGAGAAAAUCUCCGAUUCCAGACUCUGAUACUUCAUUUAGACUUUGCUACAUAUUAAUUGGAUUGUUAUUAUAAAUAAUGAAGCGAUGUUUAGUAUACAAUAUUUACUUUGUAUAAGUAGGCUUGACAUCAGCGGCUGUGAACCUGAAGGCUGCUGUUUUUGUUCUUGUUUCUUUCACCAGCUUUAGGGAGAGAUCCUGGUUUAAAAUAUAAUGAUUUGAAAUUGAAACUGGUCUCACUUUACUAUUUUGAUGAAUGUUGCUGGACACCAAAAUCAUUAUGGCUGCAGAAUGCAGUUAGCGUGUCUUAUCUGCUAUGAUUGAAUACAUAAUGCAACAUAAAUGCUAUAAAAUUAUAAUUGAUAUCAUUACCAUUAUUUUAAACACAAAUUAUUGACAUUAUAAAACCAAUUAAAACUUUACUAAUGACUUUUAAAAAUUCUUAAUUAAAAAUUACAAUUAGCUUUGAAUAAUUAGGUACUCAAGGUAAAUUAAAUAGAUAGUUAUUAUUUAUUAACAAUGUUUAUUUUUCUUUUUUCUUGUCUGAAUUUCACUUUCCACGGCAUUCAAACACCCUAAUAACCCAUAUUUUUUAUUGAUGACUUUUGUUGCAGUGUACAUGAUCUGAUUUUUCUUCUUUACUUCUGUCUAUAAGUAAUUUACAGUGUGGCUUGUUUUUAUUAUGAACAUGCUAAAAGUUUCAAAUAAUGACAGUGAUGUGUAGAAGUAAUGCCUGCGAGCCAAAGUUCUGGAAUCUGUUUUCAGCUUCCUUUUUUCUUUUUCUUUUUUUGACUUCCAUCACAAACUGA